CUUCUAUUGAAUUCUUCCAAAUAAAAAUAAGAUAUUAAAAAUAAAAAUAACAACAACAGUCCUCCACUCUUCUCUUCAUACCUUACCUUACCUCACCGCACCAAACCAAACAAAAGUCAGUCUCUCUCACCUCACUCGCUAGGGUUUUCUUUUCUCAAUCGCGUCUUCUUCAAUUUCUCCAUGGACGAGGUUCCUGUGAUGGAUGAGAAUGAAACCAAGUCUGAGGCGCAUUUGACUUCUGCUGCUGCUUUUGUUGAAGGUGGAAUUCAGGAUGCUUGUGAUGAUUCUUGUAGCAUAUGCCUUGAAGCCUUCUGUGACAGUGAUCCUUCUACGGUGACGAGUUGCAAACACGAGUUUCAUCUUCAAUGUAUUCUGGAAUGGUGUCAGCGGAGCUCCCAGUGCCCCAUGUGUUGGCAGUCUAUCAGUCUCAAGGAUCCAACGAGCCAGGAAUUGCUCGAGGCUGUUGAGAGAGAGAGGAACUUUAGGUUCAAUCCAUCUAGAAAUGCCACAAUAUUUCAUCAUCCAACACUGGGGGAUUUUGAGUUACAGCAUUUGCCAGUUGGGGCAAAUGACGCUGAUCUUGAAGAGCGUAUAAUCCAACACUUAGCUGCUGCUGCAGCAAUGGGGAGAGCACGCCAUAUUGCUAGAAGGGAAGGCCAGAGAAAUAGGUCAUCUGCUCAAGGUCGCCCACAGUAUUUGGUAUUUUCAGCUCAUCCUAAUUCACCUCCCAUGGCUCCUGCUUCUUCCUCUCCACCUCAGAGAGGGGAUGGUGAACCAACUCCUGCUAUUGCUGUUGCCGCUCUAUCUCCAACCCCUGCAACUGGAGAAGAACCACCACAGCUGACUCUAGUUCCUCAAGUUCAAACUGACCAGGUUUCUGCUUCAGGAUCUGGGUCUACUGCUCUUGCUACUGGCAAUCAUGGAUUAUCUCACAACAUAAGGAGAUCUCCUAAUCAGUCUUCUCCAAGUAGCCAAGACAGAGCAGGACCAUCCGAAUUGCAGUCAUUUUCCGAAUCUCUGAAAUCUAAACUAAAUGCUGUGUCAACAAGAUACAAAGAGUCAAUUUCCAAGAGCACAAGAGGUUGGAAGGAGAGGUGGUUCUCUCGGAAUAAUGCUAUGUCUGAUCUUGGAUCUGAAGUUAGGCGAGAAGUUAAUGCAGGGAUUGCAACUGUAUCACGAAUGAUGGAACGCAUGGAGACCAGAGACAAUGAUAGAAGCAGUAGCAAUUCUGCUCCAAGUAAUUUUGAGGAUGGUCCAAUUCAGGGAUCAACUGAUCAUCAGCAUUUAACAGACACUGAAAGAGACAGUCCUUUGGGAGACAAUAACACAAAAACAUCUUGCACUGCAGGUUCUAGUUCAAAUUAAGCAUAUAGAAAGAAUUGCUUGAACAGAUAUGUUUGUCCUAAAGGUAGGGAUAGAGUUGCCCAUUACUGGAUGUGAAAUUCCGUGGAAGUGGUGCGUUGUGUGGCCUAUUGGCUGGCACAGGCCAGACAAGUGAUAACCCUUUGACCUGCAAAAGAUGACCAGCAAUUGUGAUAUUGGAAAUAAAGAACUUAAAACAAAAAGCAGCAGUGGUCGCAUUUGUUUGAAACUCAGGAACCUAUUUGUGAUUGUAUAUUCGGUUCACCUUGUAAACUUAUUUAUAGACAUUCCUUAUAUAAUAUUUACAUAAAAUACCGUACCUCUUCUGCUUCGAGAUAUAUACUAAGUGUUUUUAAACAUACCAUCAA